AUGAUUAAUCAAGCACUUAAUGUCCUCAGUCGCCUGCUCAGCUUCAAGGAGCAUGAGACAGAUGACAACUCCAUGGAGCUCACGUUACUCAUGCACAUUGAAAGAAGCCUCCAGCAGCAGUCAGAUCCUAAUAAAAGCCAGGGGACAUUAAAUGGCUGUUUUUAUGAAGGAAAUAAUGACUCCUCAGUCAUUGAGGCUGUAGUGCGCAUUGAUUCAAGUAACUACCGAAGUGAAACUAAGUACAGAAUUUGA